GGAAAAAAGGGAGAUAGCUUGGGUUUGUCACUAAAGAUGAAGAUUCUUUUAAGUACAGCUUUAGCAGCGUUCACCCUCACAUCGUGCAUCUACUGUGCGGACGUUACAGUUGCUUGGUGUUAUCACCUGCCAAGUUGCAAUGACGCAAAAUGGCCAGAACUUUCUCCAAAGUACUGUAAUGGAAGUAGACAGUCACCCAUCAACAUCAAAACGUCAGCCGCCAAAGCUGAUUCUACCCUGACUGAAUUCACCUUCACUAAAUAUAACGACAAAUCCCUAUUGAAAGAGAUUGUAAACACUGGCAAAACAAUCAAGGUUAACUUCAACAGUGGUGCGAAGGUUUCAGGAGGUGGUCUACCUGAGGAGUAUGAAAGCCUUCAGUUCCAUUUGCACUGGGGAAAUGGUUCCUCUGUCCCUGGCUCUGAGCACACUGUUGAUGGAAAGCGUUACCCCAUGGCGCUGCAUAUUGUAAGCCAAAAGUCAUCAGCAAACCUAACUGAAGCUCUGAACGAUUCCAAAGGAUUUGCUGCUCUUGGUUUCUUUAUCGAGGAAAAAUCAGGUGAUGCAACUGACGAACCUGCAAGCUGGAAUACUUUUACCUCGUACUUGAAAAACAUCCCAAACAAAGAUGACAAAAUCAACAUGGCGCCUGGAAUUUCUCUGGAUGAUCUUCUGACAGGUGUGGAUCGCACAAAAUACUAUCGCUACCUGGGUUCCUUCACUACGCCCACUUGCAAUGAGGUUGUGGUUUGGACCGUGUUCAAGGAGUCAAUCAAAGUCAGCAAAGCAUUAAUUGACCUUUUCAGCACUAUGGUACAUGUCAAUGGCAGUUCAUCACCUUUGAUGACAAAUGUCUACAGAAGUAUCCAGGUGGACCAACCUGUCACGACACAGAGCAGUAGCAGUUCCGUCCCUUCAGCAUCCAUCGCUCUGGUUAUAAUGGCUCUCAGCCUUGUGGUGGGAAAGAUUUGAUCAUUUAAAACAUCUUACCUUUCCGAUUAUGAUUAAUAAUCACUUCAAUGCAUGUUUUGAACCUGUAGAUGGAACUCUCGAAAUUGACGCCAACAUAAUGCAAGAUUACUGCAAAAUUAUUAUUCACAUGCAAUUUUAACAUCUAAAAGUAUGUAUUUGACGUACGUGGUGGAAGUAUUGAACAGGGUGGUUUCUUUUGAGGAAGGAAGGAACGUUUUUGAGGCUGAUGUUUCUGAUGGAGGUUCUGUAGGCUAUGACACAUAGAUGUACAGCUUCUCAGAGUCAAUAAAUGUUCCGGUGUUCAUGACUGCCGCUGUGUCUGUCCUGUUAUUACAGUUUAUGAAAGAUAUUAUCUGUAAAUAAAGACAGUUGCAAACCCGAAAGUCACUGGUUCACUCGUUUGAUAUCUUAUCCAUGG